AUGGCUCGGACUGCUUUUUCUGUGCAUAUUAAGGAUCUUGUUCCUAAAGUUUUACAUCAAACUAAUUAUCUUAAAUGGGUACAUCUCAUUCAACCUGUUAUUGAGAUAUAUGAUUUGUUUGGACAUAUUGAUGGUUUUGAAUCACCUCCUCCUGAAUUUAAUGUUUCUUUUGAUGGUACUUCCAAGUCAGUUAACUCUGCCUUUAUUACGUGGAGAAAGCAAGACCGUCUUCUUCUUAAUGGGAUUCAGGCAACAAUUCACAGUGACCUUAUUCCUCUAUUAUAUCAUUGUUCUACAGUUGCAGAUGUUUGGACAACAUUAAAAAUCACUUUCUACAUCCAUCCACAACGAGAGAAAUGCAGUACAAGCAUCAAUUACAUACUAUUAAAAGGGGAGAUCUAUGCUUAUAUGUCUAAGAUUCAGGAAUUGGCUGAUUGCCUCUAUUCUAUUGGUUGUAGUGUUAAUGACUCUGAGUUGGUUCGAUGUGCUUUGAAUGGGCUUUCGUUGUCUUAUGACUUUUUUGUGAUCAUGGCCUCGCACAUGCGUCCUGCUCCUCGAUUUUCUGAGUUGUGGACAAUGCUUCUUACUCAUGAGGCUCGUACUUUGUCUUCUCAUAAUCUAGUAUCACCUACUACGGCGUUGGUUGCUACAGUAGCUGAUCCUCUUUCCUCAGCUUCUUCUGGAUAUCGUGGACAUGGUUAUGGUCGUGGCCGCGGUCGUGGAGGUGGCCGUGGUCGUGGCCGACGUCGUGCUCAAGAUUAUUGUCGUGGCAAUAUUUCACAAUUUCAGUAUAGCCCGUCACCUUUCCCAGUUUCUCAUGGAGGUCCUUUCCAGCAUUCUACCUCUGGUUGUGGUGUCUUGGCUCCCUCACCUUAUCACUUGCCUGCAUUUGUGGCUCCUACUCCCACUUCUACUACUAUGAUUUGCCAGAUUAGUGAUCUUUCUAAUCAUACGACACUUGCUUGUCCUCAGCGCCAUAACCAUGCUUAUAUUGCUCCUAGUUUUCAGGCGAAUAUGGCAGCACUCUCAUUGCAGUCUCCUCCAGACAAAAAUUGGUACUUGGAUUUUGUUGCAACCACACACAUGACUAAUGAUUUGAGAUUUGGCGACGGGGAAAGUUUUGCAUCACUCCCUCACUGAUGGGACUCUCCAUCCUUUUCAGUCUUCCUCUACAUUGUCAUCGUUUGCUCAGCCAUCAACCUUUGCUGCUCUACAUGACUCUAGCUCUAUUUGGCAUGUGCGUUUGGGGCAUCCAAGUCAUGUUGUCUUAGAUUUACUUAGAUCUAGAAAGUUAAUUUCAUUGUCUAGGCCUUUUUCAAAUUCUUUUUUUUUUUGUAAUUCUUGUUUAAGCUCUAAACAUUCGGCUUUGCCAUUUUCUUACUUCAACUACUUUUUAUGUUUUAGAGUUAAUUCAUUUUGAUUUUUGGCAGUCCCCUGUGCCCUCAGUUAAUGGUUAUCAUUAUUAUGUUCUUUUUAUUGAUGAUUUCACUCGUUACACAUGGAUUUAUCCUCUUCGUCAUAAAAGUGAUAUCAUAUCUUGUUUUACCCAUUUUAAACUUCUUGUUGAAAAUCAAUUUGGUGGGUCUAUUAAGACAUUUCGUUCAAAUGGUGGGGGCGAGUAUCAAAGUUCUUCCUUUAUCUCUUUUCUCUGCUUGCAUGGUAUUCAUCAUCAAUUAUCUUGUCCUCACACUCCUGAGCAAAAUGGUGUAGCUGCGCGUAAGCACCGUCAUAUCACACAUGUUGCUCGCACUAUACUUUUUCAUGCUCAUGCCCCUCUUUCUUUAUGGGUUGAAGCUUUUCUUACUGUUGUUCAUCUUAUUAAUCGUCUUCCUUCCUCUUCCCUAGCUAAGCUCUCUCGCUAUGAGAACCUAUUUGGGGUUCCACGUGACUAUACCAUUUAAAACCUUUUGGGUGUCUUUGUUAUCCUAAUUUGCCUCCUUAUCGUUCUCACAAACUUGACUCUCCUUCUUCUCCUUGCGUGUUUUUAGGGUACAGUUCUCGUCACAAGGGAUAUCGAUGUCUAUGUCUUGAUACUAACCGUGUCUAUAUUAGUCUCUCUGUUCGCUUUAUUGAGCAUUGUUUUCCAUAUGCAAAUUUAUCUGCUUUUCUACCUCCUCAUCCUUCUGCUUUUCUACCUCCUCAUCCUUCUGUGCCCCGUGUUAUCCUCCCUAUGCCUACUGUGUUACCUAGUCCUACGCCUACUGCACCCGAGUCUACUAGUUUUGCCACUAAUUUCGUGUCCCCCUCUUCUUCUGUUGAAUCUCCUAGUUUAUCUUCCCUUCCUCCUAGCUCCUUAGACUCCUCUUCCUUGCCGUUGUCUAGUACUGAUUCAUGUCCUAUAUCCACCUCCACUAAUACGGAGAAACACACAGCAUAAAAAACUAUUGAUAGUCGAACAAUGUGAAAAGAAAAUGUAGAAAUUACCUCUUACAGUCAUAGGUAUCGCUCUUUUCCCCCUAGAGUACCUG